GCUAUCAUUCAAAGACAUGUGUUAAGGUCUUCCUCCCAGCAUACAACAAUCCCAACAUAAAGCCUUAUCAAGAGGAAGCUUAUUUUCCAAUGCUGUUAAACCCAUCAGCACAUUCAGUGUCCAGCCCAUCACCUGGUGUUCGAACAGUUAUUGCACAAAGCAGAGAGUGUCAGAAAAGAUUUCAAUUUUCUGCAGAUCUCAAUAUACAUGAUAUCAGAAUAUGGAUGAAGGCACUGGAUAACGUAAGGGCGAAGGGCCCUGGCAACAUGCAGCAAUACGACUGAAGCCACCGGCUCCACACCCUGCCAAGGCCCUAAACAAUUUGUCCAUUGGAAUCUAAUUGACAAAUGGCAGCACAGAUCGAAUGAUGAGCUAUUAACUGCCCUUUCAAUGUCCUGUCAAAGUGAUGUUGCUGUCAAACAACACUUGCUCAACAAAAACCUGCUCUUCGAUGCUCAGUCUGGGUUCUGCCAAGCCCGCACAGCUCCUGGCUUUGUGGCAGCUUUGAUCCGAACACAGUCCAAAAAGAUGAACUGCACAGGUGAUUUGAGAGAGAUUGCACUUGGCAUCAAGGUCCCACCCCUCAGUACCAGUGAGACAGGACUUGCAGCAACCCUGAUGCAGCAAGGACAGCGGGUUGCAUUUAGUUCCAGGACAUUAACAGAAAUGGAACACAUUACGCUUGAAUGGACAAAGAAUGCCUGGUCACUAUCUUUGGUUGUGAACACUUUCAUCAAUACCUACUUCCAGGAGACAAAACAACAUUCAGAACUGACCACAAACCACUUCAAAGUAACUUUCCACAAACUGCCACUGUUUACGCCAAAGAAUGUUACUCACAAUACAGAGUUAGCAUUUGCACAUGCUAGUCAGGUGACUGAAGCAGAUGUAAAUUGCAGACGUGCUGUUGACAGCAGCUUCCCAGUGAAGACAGUACAGGAUACUGGAAUCAUAAAGCUGCUGCUAUCCAUAAACUGCAAUAUCUACAGAAACCCUUCCUACUCAUUUACCCACCCAGAUGCCUUUUAAAUGUUGUAAUUGUACCAGCCUCCACCACUUCCUUUGGCAUCUCAUUCCAGACACGCUCCACUCUCUGUGUGAAAAAGUUACCCUGAGGGCCUUUUUAAGUCUUUCCCCUCACCUUAAACCAUAUUGACAUAAACUGUUAUCUAUUGUCACUGAUGGACACAAUUCUUAAAAGAAACCCUUCCACCGACAACUUUGUAUUUUCAAGGUUAAUUUUGUGCAAACGCUGAGCCACUCACUUCCACUACCGUAUUACUGACUUAGCCUCUGCCAGUUCCCCCAUGGGUCCCAGCUGCUGACGUACUAUAAGACAGGAGGACCAGUGAUUGCAAAGAUGACUAUAACAAAAUACGCUCAAGGUCCAAGAUUCCUUUGUUCUGAAUCAAGCCACCCUUUUUAAACACAUUAAACAAAAGGCAAGUUUAUUUUCAGUCAAGUUCAUGUUCUGCAUCUGUUUUUAUGGCAUUACCAUAUCAUUGGAGUUCAGCUUGUGUUGACAUUUGUAUCUGAAAUUAUUCUGAUUAAAUGCUGUAUGAUCAAUAAAUAAUUGAUUAUCA